ACAUCAUUACCAUCUUCUCUAUUACAAGAAUCCAAAUAGCGAUGGCCAAUACUGAUUCUUCUUCCCCCACCAUUUUCAACGUAAGAAAAACGCCAACCUUCAUCCUCCUUCUUCUUCUCUGCAUCGCCUCCUACUUCCUCGCCGCGUACCACCAAGGAGCGCCCCUCCUCACCACCGCCUCCCUCUACCUCUCCGCAUCGUGCAACCACCUCACUGCCCAGACUUCUAGAACGUUCCCACGCUGCAGCGCCAACUUCAGUGAGUACACGCCCUGCCAGGAUCCUCAUCGGUCUCUAGGGUACAAGCGGCACAGAAUGAUAUACCGAGAGAGGCACUGCCCCGAGGAGCCCUUGAAAUGUAGGGUUCCUGCCCCUCAUGGAUAUCGAAAUCCCUUUCCCUGGCCCGCGAGUAGAGACCGUGCGUGGUUCGCUAACGUCCCCCACCGUGAGCUCACCGUGGAGAAGGCCGUGCAGAACUGGAUCCGCUUCGAGGGCGAGCGCUUCGUUUUUCCCGGUGGCGGAACCACCUUCCCCAAUGGCGCCGAUGCCUACAUUGAGGACAUCGGAAAGUUGAUUAAUCUCAGAGACGGCUCCAUUAGAACUGCUCUGGACACUGGUUGUGGGGUGGCUAGUUGGGGAGCGUAUCUUCUCUCGCGCAAUAUACUAACAUUGUCAAUGGCACCAAGGGACACCCACGAAGCACAGGUUCAAUUUGCCCUUGAGCGUGGAGUUCCUGCACUCAUUGGAAUUCUUGCCUCUAAGAGGCUACCUUUCCCUUCAAGAGCUUUUGACAUGUCCCAUUGCUCUCGCUGCCUCAUCCCAUGGGCUGAAUAUGAUGGAGUUUUUCUCAACGAAGUGGAUCGAGUUCUACGCCCUGGUGGGUAUUGGAUUCUGUCUGGGCCACCAAUCAACUGGAAGAAAUACUGGAAAGGGUGGCAAAGAACGGAGAAGGAUUUGAACGAAGAGCAGACCAAAAUUGAGGAGGUAGCCAAAAGCCUUUGCUGGAACAAGCUAGUGGAGAAGGAUGAUAUAGCUAUCUGGCAAAAACCCAAAAAUCAUUUAGAUUGUAAGCUCGCACAAAAGAGGUCUUUUUGCAGUGCACAAAAUGACCCUGACAAAGCCUGGUAUACCGAUAUGCAGACAUGUUUGACUCGUCUUCCUGAAGUUUCAAACAAAGAAGAAACUUCGGGUGGGGUGGUGGAUGAUUGGCCAAAGAGAUUAAAAUCCACCCCACCGAGAAUUUAUAGGGGUACCAUAGAAGGGGUUACAGAUGAAAGCUUUUCAAAAAAUUAUGAGCUGUGGAAGAAAAGGGUAUCAUAUUACAAGACAGUAAACAAACUACUAGGAACCGGGAGAUACCGUAAUCUUUUGGAUAUGAAUGCUUAUUUGGGUGGAUUUGCUGCUGCACUGAUUGAGGACCCUGUUUGGGUUAUGAAUGUGGUUCCUGUUCAGGCUAAGGUUGACACACUUGGAUCAAUAUAUGAACGCGGGUUGAUUGGAAUAUAUCAUGACUGGUGUGAACCAAUGUCUACUUAUCCUAGAACUUAUGAUCUAAUUCAUGCUGAUUCAAUGUUCAGUCUUUACAGUAACAGAUGUGAGUUGGAAGACAUUCUGUUAGAAAUGGAUAGGAUUGUUCGACCUGAAGGAUGUGUUAUCAUACGAGAUGACGUUGAUAUGUUGGUCAGAGUAAAGAGCAUCGUGAAUGGAUUGGAAUGGGACAGUAUAAUUGUAGACCAUGAAGAUGGGCAUCUUGAGAAGGAGAAAGUUCUAUUUGCUGUGAAGAAGUAUUGGACGGAAAAUUAAUUAUUUGUUGUAUUGAUUUUUUGCUUUUAGUUUCCUUUUUUAACUUUUUUAAAU